AUGGCGGACGUGAUUCACAGCAGGACGGCGAUAUUCGGCCAAGUAUAUCGAUGGCAUGAAACUCUUGGGCAGAUGUGCCCUACUACAGGCCGCGUGGUCACUGUGUCAAAAGCACCAGAUGCUGCCUCGAUGUCUGUCCUGCAUUUCUGGUACUUCCCAGUCCGAGCCACACAGACACCCCGAGUCACGGAGUAUAUGUAUGGACAGAAUUACUCGUUCUUCGCUGACGAGCAGACUACGAAGGAUCUGUACGAUAGACGGUUCGACAUGAUAUUUGGCCUGACUCAUCUUGGACGGUUCAUCCCUUGGACGAUUCCCAUCAUAUUGAUCCUGCUCAGAAGUCAGAUCAGCCACCUGCUUGGCUCUCACGAAUCUACUACGAGCAUGCUCGGUUUCAAAGGUUUCGCAGACAAAAUGCUCAACAAGUUGAUCGAUGAGCAUGGAAUCCAGGAUCAGCAAAGCGAGAAGGAGUACAAGAUCGCAGCGCAUCAAUACAUCCAUAGCUCGUUGCCAAAGUCUGACAAAACAGGAGAUGCUUUGACGCAAGCCACCAUGGCUGCAUGGUCCGGAGGCUGGGACACUACGGCAUCCUCAUUGACACAAUGCUCAUACUAUUUGUUGAAGCAUCCUCAUGUGCUCGCCAAAUUGAGGCAAGAGCUCCUUACUGCCUGGCCUGACUCGACAGAGGACCUUACGUAUAACAUGCUCAUCAGCUUGCCCUACCUCGAUGCAGUAAGCAAGGAAAGCCUGCGACUCAUGCACGGCGGGCUCAGCCGGCUGACGAGAAUCAACCCUCUGGCAACCGAGCAGUACAGAAAUUGGACUAUACCGGCUGGCUCCAAGAUCAGCAUGUCCAUACCGGAUGUCAACCUCGACAAAAUUGUUUGGGGCAACGACAGCGAGACGUUCCGGCCUGAGAGGUGGGAAGGCAGACUCGAAUUGGACAACUGGCUGAUGACCUUCAGCAGAGGUACCCGAGUAUGCGCUGGUCAGGAGCUUGCCUGGAUGGAAUUAAAGAUGAUCAUCGGCACUCUGUUCCGCCAGUUCGACAUGAAGGUUGACCAAAAGUCGAACAUCACGGACGCGGACAUACUGCCGUAUUCUGAUGGCUUCACACCCGGGGCGAAGAACUAUAUGCAAAAGUUGCCGGUGAUCGCUCAGGCGACUCAGACCUGA